UGAAAACUCCAAGGUCUUUAACGGGAUGGGGGUCAUCUGUAAGGUAAUGUCCAUCUAGUAUGUACUUAGUGUUUGGGUUCUUUUUUCCUAUAUGUAAGACUGAGCAUUUGCUGGUUGAGAUUUGGAGUUGCCAAGUUUUAGACCAAGCGGUUAGAUGAUCAAGGUCUUUUUGAAUGAUAGAUGUAUUGUCUGUGGUGUUAAAUAGUUUGACAUCGUCAGCAAAGAGAACACAAUUACUUGCGAUAUGGUCACAAAGAUCAUUAAUGUAUAGUAUGAAGAGUAUUGGUCCAAGGACGCUGCCUUGAGGAACGUCACUCUUGACAGGAACAGGAUUUGAUAGAGCAUUGCCAAUUUUGACCACUUGUUGUCUGUUAGACAGAAAAGCAGAUAUCCAUUUGUGAAGGGGUCCUGAGAUGCCAUAGGAUGUUAGUUUUAGGAGAAGUUUAUCGUGUACUACUGAGUCAAAAGCUUUGCAGAAGUCUAUGUAGAUUGCAUCUAUUGUUUUGCCUUGAUCAAGAUUUGUAGUCCAUAUGUUUUUACAGUGGAGAAGUUGUAAGUUACAUGAUAAUUUUUUCCUGAAACCAAAUUGUUUAUUGGAGAGUAGGUUGUUAGUUUCUAAGUGUGAGGUAAUGGAUUGGUUGAUGAUUGAUUCCAUGACUUUGCAGGAGACGCAGCACAAAGAGAUCGGGGACCCUCAUUGCAGGUUACGGUUGCCAAAGAAACGCAAAUAAUUUACCGGCUUCCCAAACAACUCGCAUUACAGUUCUUUGUAAGAGAUUUCGCAAGCAGAUUUUCAGCCAAUAGGAGGAUCUCUCCCCCCCCCCCUUUGCUUAAAUCCUUUUAGCUGAUAACAAGGGGUGGGGGGGUGUUUGGGAGAGUGGACAAAGUUUCGUUUUCCUUUUCCAUUUCCAUUUCCAUUUCAUCAUUUCUGGUGAGGUUUGGGAAACGGGCCUGCCUAUCAGCUGCCUGAAGAGCUCUCAAAAGGAGGAGAAUUAUCCUCCUCGAUUACGUAUCUCUGUGGACCUGUAGUAGUGCAUUGUGCAGAGAGCAGAAACCUGAGCGGUUUGCAAUUCUGGGGCCUUUUUGCCCUUAUCUUGGCCAAGUCAUUCAAAGCAGCCAGGGUUGGCCAGGUUAGGGAAGGCUGUUCUGCAACAUGGAGGCCAAAGCUUUUGCCACUAUGAAAGAGGAGAAUAAUCUCCCUAAACCUUUUCUGAUUGAUGAAGAAGCUGACGCGUUCAAACUGGUUUGUAGAUCUUCCUACCCGAAGAAAAUCUGGGGACUCUUCUUACAACAAUCCACAAUGUUGUGGCACAACAUAAGGAGCGGCAUCAAAAAUACUGUGUCCUGCGUCUUCCACAAGUACCCACUGACCCUGCCUUCCAUCAAAGGUCUCACCUUGGUUUUCAUCCUGGUUUUUUUGUUUUUAUUAUUGAAGGUAAAUUUUACAAGGCAUCCAUUUGGGUACAACAUAACCCCCAUUGUCCCUUUUAAAGAAGCGGCCCCUAAAAAUCUCACUGUGACAUCCCUGCUAGAAGCCCAGAAAUCCGAACCAUUUUGUGAGGCCAUGAAAAACUGCUUCGACACAGCGAUCAAGGAAUUCACCUCAGAGCCACAGAUAGUAAAGGAGAAUGCCAAGAUGAUCCUUGAGUGUAACGGAACGAGGAAGGAAUUUGUGUCAGGGAAAGGAGAAAACUAUAUCGAGGUGUUUUGGGUGGAUCGCCAAACACACUACACGGUCAAAGAAGCCAAUUCACAAGUCUAUGUAGCAAGGCUGAGGCGCCAACCUUUACCGCUCAACCUUGGCAGCCUCCUGAAUGUCUACCAACAGCUGGCCUCCCUUGAAGGAUCGGAGGAGCUGCGGCAGUGCCUAAAUAAGGCGAUAGAGGAAUUUCCCAAGGAACCACAAGUUGUACAGGACAAUGCUGUGUUGCAGGUCUCGUGCGGAGGGAGUAAUGUGACCUUCCGCUCAGAAGCUGGGAAGAAUGAAAUCAAUGUAUACAAAGAUACGCAGGGGAAGAUUGCAUUUCGUGUAAAAGGUAGAGAAUGGGCUUGGUGGGCCCGAUUAUUUGUAAGGCACUAAGUUAAGGAAUGAUAUCAAAGAAGACAGUGUGGUGGGAAGCUCCAUCAAUGCUGUCUUUUCCAUAUUGUAUUCUUCUCUCUUUUUAAUGAUUGCUUUAAAUAAAGUUUUAAAUUGUUACUGGGUAUCCUGUUCCUUCUAUAAUAUCCUUGGCCU